UGUGUCAGUGGGCUCGAGGAAGUCAUUAAAAUGUUUAGAGGGAAUAGGAGGGGGUGAUCAUGUACUGGGUUUAAAUGACUCUAAUGAUAUCCUGAUAAUCUAAUAAGCUCAUUCAGGUGUACAGAUCUGGAUCAUGGCUCAUUUUACCGGCGACUGGACCCCACUGGGCGAAGUUUUCUAUAGGAAGAUGGAACUCUAUUCCAUGGGAUGGAAAGAUAUCAACCUUGAGAACUAUACUGUAACAGCCGCAUCUUAUGGAGGUCCCAUUGCUUUGAUGCCUGAUAAUAAACAUACUGGGGCUGUCAUCAAUAAACCUAUCAUAUCAAUAUACUCAUCAGCAGGAAAAGAAUUGUCAUCAUUAAGGUGGGAUGGUGGGCCACUGGUGGAGAUAGGCUGGUCAGCUAGUGAAGACUUACUGUGUAUAGGUGUAAAUGGAAGUGUGUCAGUUUACGAUAUUCAUGGGGAUUACAAAAGGACAUUCAGCUUGGGACAGUUCCCCAUGUUUAGUGAGCCAGUAACAUCCAUAGUUGAGAUGGCUCUUUCUUCCAACAAUUCCUACUUGGCCAUGUUCACUGAUGCAGGUCUGGUCUGGAUUGGCUCUCCUGAUAUGCAGAAAGUAUACUGUGAAGUCAAGACACAGUGUUUAUCAAGGCCAAAGCAGCUUGCCUGGUGUAGCACAGGAGCUGUUCUCUGCUACUGGGAUGAUUAUUUGGAUGUUAUUGGACCAACUAAAGAUGUCACCAAAUAUUAUAUGGACAGCCAGGUGCACCUUGUGCAAGAAAUUGAUGGGGUCCGCAUCAUUGGCAGCUACACUCAUGAAUUGCUUCAGAAAGUGCCAACUGCUGUUGAGAACGUCUUCAAGAUUGGCUCCAUGGAACCUGGUGCUAUGUUGUAUGAUGCAGCCAGAGAAUUUGAGAAAAAGAGUGCCCGUGCAGAUGAGUAUGUCAGGAUGAUCAAAGACAAACUUCCUGAGGCUGUAGAACAGUGUAUCCAAGCAGCUGGUGCUGAAUAUGAACCAUCCCUUCAGAGAAGUUUACUGAGAGCUGCAUCAUUAGGGAAGAGCUUUCUGAGUGACUUUGAUCCAAAACCAUUUGUUAAAAUGUGCCAGACGUUAAGAGUACUCAAUGCCGUGCGUGAAUAUACUGUUGGGAUACCCAUAACAUAUGCACAACUUGAGCAGCUGUCGACAAGAUUAUUAAUUGACAGAUUAGUUCUUCGUCAUCACUAUUGUCUGGCCAUUAGAAUAUGUGACUACCUUAAAAUUCAAAAAGCUGAGGGUGCAAGCCGCAUUCUUGGACACUGGGCUUGCUAUAAGGUCCAACAAGCGAACGUAGGAGAUGAGGAGAUAGCCCGUGCUAUCAACGCUAAGUUGGGAGAAAGCACUGGUAUUUCCUACACAGAGAUCGCUUCUAAGGCUCUGGAGUGUGGACGAACAAAAUUGGCCAUCAGACUUUUAGAUUACGAACCCAAAGCAGCAGACCAGGUGCCAUUGUUGAUGAGGAUGAAGAACGACGAGCUGGCAUUAGAAAAGGCCAUUAUGAGUGGUGACACCGAUCUUGUGUACACGGUUAUCAUGCAUCUUAAAGACACACAAUCACAGGGAGAUUUUCGAAGGUCAAUUCGCAAUUAUCCAGUCGCUUUUAAUUUAUUUACUAAGUACUGUAAAGAAAAUGAACCUCAAACCCUGAGUGCUCUGUAUGAUGAAGACGAUCAGUUCUUAAACAUUGGCAAUGUUUGCAUAAAGAAUAGCUACGAUAAAGAGACGCUGGAGACAAGGAUUACACAGUUGAACAAGGCUCAGAUAAACUUCACAAGAGGAAACCACCCGUUUUAUUCAAAGUGUACAGAGGAACAGAUCAAAUUAUUAGAAUACCAAGCAAAACUAGGUGGUCAGUUGAAACACACCUUCAUGGACUUGUCUCUUAGUGAUACUAUACAUCAGUGCAUCAUUAUGGGCAACCUCAAAGUUGCUGAACAACUCAGGAAAGAAUUCAAAGUACCCGACAAAAGGUUUUACUGGAUCAAAGUCCGCGCCCUUGCGGAGAGUAGAAACUGGUUGGAACUGGAGAGGUUUUCGAAGGCAAAGAAGUCGCCGAUUGGCUAUGAGCCAUUCGUUGAUGCUUGCUUGGAGUUCAACAGUCGCAUCGAAGCAGAGAAGUACUUGACCAGAGUCUUACCAGAAAACAAAGUCCAUUAUUACUUGAAGUUAGGAAAAAUCGUAGAAGCAGCAGAAGUAGCUUUGAGUCAAAAGAACGAGGAGGCCUUGGAACUAAUAUCAAAGAAAUGUCAAAAUAACCAACCGCUGCUCAAUAAGAUACAAAGUAUGAGGGCUCAAGCCUUGCAAAAACGAUAAAAUAAUUACUUACUGUGUUAAAAGGAGAUAUUAAUAAACUCAAAACUCUAAUUAGUCUUUCUAAAGACCUAGGUCUGAGGUGAUUUGAUAAAUUAAAAUUGACCAACAAAAGCGAUGGGGAAAAACUCGUAAACGAUUAAUUUUGAGAAUUAGAAAUGUUUCUUUGUGAUUUUCUCGACAGAUUUUCCGUAUUCUUUUCAGGCCUCGUUUGUCUUCUUCAUAGGGAAAGGAACAUACAACGAAUUUGUAACAAACUUAAUAUAACUUGAUUUCCUGCAUAGGAAGACUUCAUCAUCGCACCCAGACCCUACCCAUUAGACAAAUGGGUAAAGUCUGGGUUCGAGAAUGGAAAAUCGCCAAAGAAAAAAUAACUUACCUUGAGGCAGAAUAGAGUGAAGGCAUUUAACCCGUGAAAAUAGAAAUAAUAGUCAAAGCGUAAUAGUCAAAUAGACGACAUAUAAAAGGAAAAAAUCGCGAUGGAAUUAGGGUCUACUAAAGUGUAUCAGUCUAAUAUCUAUUGCACGGGUUUAAUGACUUCACUCUAAUGCGGAUUAUAUUUUGAGCUCAAGUGAAAGAUUGGCAAAGUGGCCUUAGAAAACUAUUUUUUACCACACUGACGUCUACACACCCAAUACACCCAUAGAUAGUAAUAAUUCACUUAGUUUUAUUAAAAACCUUUCAGCUUUUUUCAAGGCAAAAAUAGCUUAUUAUCUUAACAUUAUAUAACAUCUUUCUAUAUAAAAUAAAAUGAAAAGAUUGAAAUUAAAAGUAAACACUUUAUUUGCCUCAUAAAACAAGGCGAUUAAAAUUUGUUGGGCGCCA